AUGUGGCAGCAAAGAUCAGGACGUGAAACCGAUAGACAAACUUAUGAAAAUAUCACGUUAAGCAUAACAAGUUUAUUUGGAUCAUUGCGUUAUAUUUAUCAUACAUCGAAAUAUAUAUUUGAUAAUAAAACUGUUGCUAAAGCUAACUGUGAAGUACAAAAGUGUUUACAUAUUAUCGAAGAUCUUUUUAAACAGUUGGAAUACAUAUCACAAUUACAUAAUGGGCUUAAGUGCAAUCCAGACAUCAUUGAAACUUCACAAAAUGAUGAUUCUAUGAAUGUAGAAAUCAGCAAUCUGGGCGAGGACGCAAUCAUAAACGUAGGCUUAGAAACUAUAAUAUCGCAAUAUUACCAUACGGAAUCCCUUAUCGAUGGGUUAUGGAGUGAUCUAGAAAGAACAGAAAGUUAUAUAGAUGAAAUGAUUUUAUGGAAAGUAUCCUGCUCACAUCGACCUCCAGCUAGAAAUGCAGCAUAA